CUCAGUCAUGGAGGUGGCGACAUUGGACAUGCGCAAGAUAUGCCGCACAUGCGCCACGGGUGGCGACUGCUUUGGCGGCAUUGCAGCAUUCGCGCUUCCAGUACAAGUGCUGUCUCCUGCGCCUACUCUAAAGGGCAGCAGCUUCAACUCAACUAUUCCCCCCAUUGUCAGUCAGAAAAACUACCCAUCUCGCCAGGUCGUUGUCGCAGAACUUCAAAGCGGUCCCGCAUCGUUUCCUCCGCGCUUCGUCCUCAAAUUUAGCGACCCGCGGUUUAUUCCCAACAGACUCUCCUUCAUGAAAGAGCUCGACUCUGAACGCAACUCUUCUCCGUGGUCGCCAAGAUUUCGCGAGUUCUUUAUAUCCCACCUGCGCGAUUUUCGCACAAAAAGUUGGCCAAACUACUGGAAAUGCACCGGCGCGACCCACCCUAUAACUGACGACGAGCGAUACCAAAUAGAGGAAGAAUUUUACGAUGAUUACCUUUGUGAUCGUGAAGGGACGUUAUUCCUGUGGUCCCAGGAGAUGUACCACUGGGAGGCAACUUUCGACUCGCACUUCAACGAAUUGGCUGUUUACCAAGCUCUCCGACCACUGCAAGGCCGCCACAUUCCUCGUUUAUUCGGUCGCGGGACAUUUAAACCCCCAAGUGACGGCUUCGACGACCCACUUCUGUCAAGUGUUCCCUUCCUUGCGCUCGAGCAUAUCCCUGGCGCCACGCUCAAUCGUAUCCAACUCCUUUCCACACGGAACAACUCGUCACCCACUCCGCAAAUCACUAACCACGACGCAACGUGCGCUUCCCAUGUACUGAUUGACGUCGUUCGCGCCAUCCGGAACCUCGGAGUAAACAACCCGGACUACGCCGCGAGGAAUAUCGUUCUGCGCAAUCUCGAUCCGCUUUGUCCUGUCAUCAUCGACUUUGGGCUUGCCUCGACGAAGCAGGGGCUAGCAAGCGAUUUGCAAGACAUCCGCGAUGUCCUGUAUGACAUCAAGUGGAACAUCCCUUCACCGUACCGUCGCGGCGUCGAAACUCCCCUCCCAUUGUCCGGCUUUGCUCCUUUGAAUCGCGCGGCGUCGGGGCUGUCAGAUCGGAAACGGGACGUCCUCCAGGCGUACUUUGAAGAAAUUGUGCCGGGCCCCUCUCGCACCAUCUUGGAUGGAGAUGGAACACAGCAUAUCUGGGAAGCUUCCAGAUGGCGGCUCAAGGAAGGUGUGAGGACUUGCGACGAAGAUGUUGAGUGGGGUUUAAGUCAAGAGGCCAUCGAAUCGGAAUGCCAGACCUACCUGUUUCAAAUGCGAACUUCAAGUUCAACUUGA